GCUAUCCAGACCCUGAAUGGAGCAAUAAUUCUGUCUCUGGGUGUUUUUAUGUGUUCCUUACGAAACUUGCCCCAUCCACCCAAUUACAUAUUUUUCUUGAUUGUUUAUACAGGCUAUCAGAUAUGGAGUGCUAUAUCUGUGGGUAUUCAGAUUUCACUGACCAUAGCUGAUGGGAACCCCAUCCUUCCACAUUGCCAGGCCUCAAACCUUAGAAUUGGCUUAGGUUCUCCUUCCUUUGACAAUCUUGAAUCCAGUUUGUCAGCCAAUCCUGUUGGCCCUACAUUCGAGAUGGAAAGCAAUUUGGGGAUGAACAUUGCCAAUGCUACUAUUGCACUAUUUGGACUUGUUUUUCUCUCAAUCAGUUUAUUCGCUAAUGACCCAUUACUCAAGGAUUGUCAGUCUUCUCAGCCACAGGACUUAUGCAUUUACAAAGAAACUUCCUCAAGUGUGGUAGAAGUUAACAGUGUGCUGCCCACUAGCUCGGAGACCCUAGAUGGGUUGGAACCAGAAGGUUGA